GAGAAUAUGGAUUUAUCAGCCUUAGAAUUUCAAAUAAUAAAUUGUUUAGGGUCUUAAAAUUUUACAUUAAAAAAAAUGGCUUGCUUACAAUCAUGUAUAUCAGUAGAUCCUUUUAGUUAAAGUUUAUUUAUGGGAACAAACAUAUUUAAAAAAGAAAUGAUGAAAUCGAAUCAUAUUGAAAUUUCUUGCAUCCUUAAUUGUAUAACAAACAUCGUAGAUAAAGAACUUGGCCCAAGAAUAAUUAAAGAAGCAAUGAAACUUUUGAAAAGCACUAAUGUUUUGAUAAGAAAAAAAGCCUUGGUUUUAGUAGCUUAAAUUUUUACACAUGCACCAUAAACAAUAUAGGGAAAUUUAGAAAUUAUUUUAAAUUAAAUUAUUCCUUAAGAAUCUAAUCCAACUGUAUUAGCAUGCUUUACAAGUGUAGUAUAAACUGUAUUAAAUACAUAACCAAAGUUAUAUCCUUUAUUUGUAAAACCUUUAUAUGAGAUACUCCAGAAAUAAAAAUCGAAUUGGUUUAUGAUUAAAUUAGUAAAAACAUUUCAUAAAAUGUUAAAACUGGAACCUCGUUUAAUAAAAAAACUAUCAGAUUAAUAUUUACAAGUUUUAUAAAAUAACAAAUCAAAAGCACUUGAAUAUGAGGUUUUAUCAAGUACAAUAGAAUAUUUUUAAGAGGAAAAGGAACUUUAUGAAUUGGCUUGUUAAAAAUUAAGAAGCUUAAUAGAUCAUAAAGAUGGAAAUUUAAGAAAUUUAGGAUUUAUAUUAUUAAAUAAAACAAUAUAAGGAAAUUAAUCAAUAUUAGAAGAAUAUAAAGAAUUUUUGAUAUAAAAUUAUGAAAAUGCUAAUGAUUAAUUCACUAAAAUUCAAAUUUUGGAAAUUUUUUAAAAUUAUAUUACUAAAGAAAUGUUUAAAACUGUCAUUGAAGCUAUAUUAGCAAAUUUAGAAAAAGAAAAUAAUAAAAUAAUAAAUAAGAUUAUACAUUUUGUGAUUAUUUUAUCUUAAAAAAAUGACUUUGAAUUAAUUAAUGAUUUCGAUUGGCUUCUUAAUAAAGUAAUUUUUAAUAUUUGUAAAUUCGUUGACGAUAUGGAAUGCGCGGUUAUGAUUUAAUAAUUGAUUUAUUCUAUUAUGGUAAGAGUAGAAGGCACAAAAUAAUUAAUAUUUAAUCUUUCAAUUAAUAUUAUUAAAUAUUUAAAUGAAAACUAAGAAAAUUUAUUUGAAAAUACAAAAUAAUAUUUAAACAUUCCCUAAAUUUCUGCCAAAGAAAAAAUCUUUUAAACUUUAGUUUUUUUAAUAGGAGAACAUUCGAAUUUAAUUAAAGAUAAAAAUAAUUUAAAAGCACUUUUUAAAUUUUUUAAUUAAGAAAAAAUCUUAUUAAAAUAUAGAUUUUCAUAUACAGAAAUAUAAUCUAGUUUAUUUAAAGUUUCUUUUUUAUGA